CGUAGAAGACGCAAAACCCACCGGAAUUCAUUCAUUUCCCACCGUCCGAUCUCUCGCAUCUCGCCGGAGCUCCGUUUCCGGCCAACCCACUCGUAAAAAUGAUAACAAUUCCAUAUUUAACAGCUUUAACAACCUAUUUCAGCUACGGAUUACUCUUCGCAUUUGGCCAGUUACGUGAUUUCUUCCGUAAUCUUAUCGAUUGGUGGAAAGCUAGCGAUCUUCAGGGUUAUGCACCGAUCUGCUUAGGGCUUGAAGAUUUCUAUAUUCGCAGACUCUAUCUUCGCAUUCAGGAUUGUUUUGGGAGACCUAUAUCUAGCCCUCCUGAUGCUUGGUUUGAUGUGGUUGAGCGUGUUUCGAACGAUAAUAACAAGACACUGAAGCGGACUACAAAAACAAGUAGGUGCCUUAACUUAGGAUCAUACAAUUACCUCGGAUUUGGUGCAGUCGAUGAAUACUGCACACCACGUGUAAUCGAGUCUUUGAAAAGAUUCUCAGCAAGCACAUGUAGUACCCGCGUCGAAGGAGGCACAACAGAGUUGCAUACUGAACUGGAAGAUGUGGUCGCUAAUUUCGUUAGAAAACCAGCUGCUUUAGUUACGGGCAUGGGAUACGUCACUAACUCCGCUAUUUUUCCUGUCUUGAUUUCAAAAGGAGGCUUGAUAAUAAGUGAUUCUCUGAACCAUAACUCUAUUGUCAAUGGUGCUCGCGGUUCUGGUGCUACUAUUCGAGUAUUCCAACAUAACACACCUUCUCAUUUGGAAAGAUUAUUAAGAGAACUCAUUGCGGAUGGACAACCGAGAACACAUAGACCAUGGAAGAAGAUCAUUGUCGUCGUCGAGGGGAUUUAUAGCAUGGAAGGCGAAAUUUGUGAACUUCCCACAAUUGUCUCUAUUUGCAAAAAAUAUAAGGCGUACGUCUAUUUAGACGAGGCUCAUAGUAUUGGUGCAAUUGGGAAAACAGGAAGAGGGGUGUGUGAGCUUUUGGGAGUGGAUGCUGCUGAUGUGGACAUUAUGAUGGGAACAUUCACAAAAUCAUUUGGAUCAUGUGGCGGUUAUAUAGCAGGAUCCAAGGAACUUAUUCAAUAUUUGAAGUAUACCUGCCCUGCUCAUUUAUAUGCCACAUCGAUAUCGCCUCCUGCUGCUCAACAAAUUAUAUCGGCCAUAAAGGUUAUUAUUGGAGAAGAUGGCUCGACUCAAGGGGCUAAGAAGCUUGCCCAAAUUCGGGACAACAGCAACUAUUUUCGGUCAGAAUUGCAGAAAAUGGGGUUUGAGGUUUUAGGGGACGAAGAUUCGCCUGUAAUGCCUAUAAUGCUUUACAAUCCUGCAAAAAUUCCUGCUUUUUCAAGGGAGUGUUUAAAGCACAAGGUUGCAGUUGUGGUGGUUGCAUUUCCAGCCACUCCUCUAUUGUUGGCUCGAGUUCGCAUAUGCAUUUCGGCUGCUCAUACUAGGGAAGACAUGGUCAAAGCUUUAACGGUUAUAAGUGAAGUUGGCGACCUCGUGGGAGUAAAAUACUUUCCAGCCCAGAUCAAAACGCCACAAGUGAAUGAAGGCAGGGCCAAAGUCGACUAGAAACAGUUUUUGAGCUCGUUAAACCCGUUAACUUUUUGUAACCCGAGCUCCAAAGGGUACUUUUUGUACAAAUGCAGCUAAAGCUAUGAUUAAAGAUCUUUCUUGUUUCUAACAUCAAGAACAUGUCCGUAAAAAAUGUAUGUCUGUCAUUUUGUAUAGAAUUUAUAACCCGAGGUUUUGGUCAUCAAGUAGCCAAACUUAUACGCGUAUGUGAUGCAACAAACUUAUCUACACGCGUGUAUGCGAAGUUCAUGAGACAACUUUUGUAAUAUUUGGUGUUCUAUUUUCU